AAUCAAUGACCUUCAGUCAGGAGCGCACUUUGGAACUGCAGGACUCUUUAGUAACCAUGCAGACAAUUGAAGUUCUGAAACAGGCCCUCUCCAGCCUGGAUCCUACCCAGCAGCAGCAGCUCUUGGUGGCCGGGUCUGCGGUGGCCGUGGGCGGGCUGCUGACCUGCUAUUACUGGGUGUAUCAAGGCACGAAGACCAAGCGCAUUCCAAUAGGGGAUGGGUGGUGGGGGGCAGGAGAGAAGCCUCAGUCAGAGGAUGAGAAGGUUUUCCCCUUUCAGGUCCAGACUUCCGAUGAAGAGAUACAGGACUUGUAUGACCGUAUUGAAAGGACCCGGUACACUGAACCACUGGAGGACACAGGCUUCCAGUACGGCUUCAACUCUACCUACCUGAAGAAGGUGGUCUCCCACUGGAGGCAUCAAUUUAACUGGAAGAAGCAGAUUGCAAUACUCAACAAGUAUCCUCAAUUCAAAACCAAUAUCGAGGGAUUGGAUGUACACUUCAUCCAUGUGCGUCCACCUCACCGUGAGGGCCAGAGGGUGUUGCCUCUAAUGCUGGUGCAUGGCUGGCCUGGCUCUGUCUAUGAGUUCUAUAGGAUCCUGCCCUUACUCACCAACUCGCUGGACAGUCUGGCUUUCGAAGUCAUCUGCCCCUCCAUCCCAGGAUAUGGCUUCUCCGAGGCCCCUCAUAAGCAAGGGUUUAACACUCUGGCUGCAGCGAGGGUCUUCCACAAGCUGAUGGAGCGUCUGGGUUUCUCAGAGUAUUAUCUGCAGGGAGGAGACUGGGGCUCACUCAUCACUACUAACAUGGCCCAGAUGAAGCCAGAGUGUGUGAAGGGUCUCCACCUCAACAUGUUAACUAGCAAACUGAGGGGCUUCGGUGUCCUGUUUUCAAUCCUGAUUGGCCGCUACCUGCCCUGGCUGGUUGGGUUCACCCGGGAGGAUGUCAGGAGGUUGUUUGGUUCAGUAGGUUUCAUGGAAAGGAACUUCUAUGAGAUCAUCAGAGAGACUGGCUACCUGCACAUCCAGGGCACCAAGCCAGACUCCGCUGGUUGUGGACUGAAUGACUCUCCAGUAGGCCUGGCUGCUUACAUACUGGAGAAGUUCUCCACCUGGACUGACUUCAACAACAGGGACUUGGAAGAUGGGGGGCUGGAGAGGAAGUUCACCCUGGACGACCUGCUGACCAACAUCAUGAUCUACUGGACCACCGGCUCCAUCGUGUCCUCCAUGAGGUUCUACAAGGAGAACUUAAAGACCAACAUUGACAACAGACUGGAUAAUAACACGGGGGUGUAUGUGCCUACAGGUCUGGCGGCGUUCCCCAACGAGGUAAGGCACGUGCCCCAGUCGUGGGCCAGAGACAGGUUCAGGAACAUCUACUCCUACUCUUUCAUGCCCCGAGGAGGCCACUUCGCUGCCUUCGAGGAGCCACAGCUCCUGGCUGACGACCUGCUGCAGUUUGUGGAGAAGGUGGAGAGUUGAUGGAUACAAUAGGUCGACUCCACUCCUGCCAAGUGCCUGGAAGAAAAACCAGCAGGACUGCAGAACGUGAUGACACUACAGCUUGGAAUUGUAGCUUUGUACUAAAAACAUUUAAAUGUUAAACUAAGAUAAAAAAUCAGAAGCACUGUCUGAUUAUCAGGUAAAUACUUGGUCAAUCAGUGAUGUUAACACUGCAAUAUGAUCAUGCUCAGUGAUUGUGUUGGUGUAAUAUUAAGGCUAUACAGUCAACAUAAUGGACCUAUACUCUAAUAAUGAAAUGAUCAGCACUUUAAUACAGAUGUCUUGACAUUGAUAACAAAUGUCUUCCAGAUUGCAAAAAAAAACUGUGUGAAAGAUGUCUGUUCUUGUCUUGUUGCAAUAAUGCGACAGGGUGAUCAAUGCUCCUGUGGUAGCCCAGUGGUUAGAGCGUUGGACUAGUAACCGGAAGGUUGUGAGUUCAAACCCCCGAGCUGACAAGGUACAAAUCUGUCGUUCUGCCCCUGAACAGGCAGUUAACCCACUGUUCCUAGGCCGUCUUUGAAAAUAAGAAUUUGUUCUAAACUGACUUGCCGAUUUAAAUAAAAGGUAAAAUAACAAAAAUACUGCUAUAGUAUAC